GGGGCAAGCCGAGUAGCGCGAAGCGAGCAACGGAAACACGGACGACGCGGUAUAAGCGCGAAGGUGCGGAGUGUGGUGUACGUUGGCGAGUACCUUGCCUCUCGCGUGCGUGGCCGACGAUCACCGGUUACCGCGAGGGAAGAUCACGGUCGCGUGCUCGUCGACGCGUGCGUCCAGCGAGACGGCCGCCCCGCGUUUGCCUGUGAUAUGCCAAUAAUUAGCAUUCGCGGUCCCGCGAAUGGAGGUUCUGCUGUCCUAGAGACGACCGACGCCAAGCAGCGAGCGACACGCUUCCGACGCGCGCCAAGGCGCGAUCAUUGAAGAUAUCUAGAAGAACAUUGUACCAGAAUGAGUACGGCCGUGGAAAAUGGGGCAGCUGGCGACGGCAAGCCGGCUGCUAAGUCAACUGCUGGCAAGUCGAAAACCAUUGAGGGCAUCUAUCAAAAGAAAUCGCAGUUGGAGCACAUCCUGCUGCGUCCAGAUACCUACAUUGGUUCCGUGGAACCGGUAACAGAAAUGAUGUGGGUCUUCGACAAGGAGAAGGAGAUGAUGGUACAAAAGGAAAUAAAAUACGUUCCUGGAUUGUAUAAAAUUUUUGAUGAGAUCCUGGUGAACGCUGCUGAUAACAAACAACGCGAUCCUAAGAUGGAUAUGAUCAAGAUUGACAUCGACUCAGAAAACAACACCAUUUCUGUAUGGAACAAUGGCAAAGGCAUCCCUGUAGUAAUACACAAGGAAGAGAACAUGUAUGUACCUACCAUGAUAUUUGGUCACCUUUUAACAUCGUCGAACUAUGAUGAUGAAGAGGAAAAGGUGACAGGUGGUAGAAACGGUUACGGUGCCAAGCUGUGUAACAUUUUCAGUCAUCGUUUUACCGUUGAGACCGCGACGAAAGAAUACAAGAAGAGUUUGAAACAAACGUGGGGCAAUAAUAUGGGAAAAGCUAGCGAACCUAGAAUUAAAGAGUACUAUGGAGAGGAUUUUACAAAGGUUACGUUUUCGCCAGACUUGACCAAGUUUAAGAUGCAGUCUCUCGACGACGAUAUUGUCUCUCUAAUGUCUCGAAGAGCGUAUGACGUAGCUGCCUCUUCGAAGGGCGUCAAGGUUUAUCUAAAUGGACACCGUAUACCAGUUAAGAAUUUUAAGGAUUAUGUAGACUGUUACAUCAAAGGUAAAGAAGAUGAUGUCGGUAAUCCAUUGAAAGUUGUGUAUGAGAAUUGUGGUCCACGCUGGGAAGUAGCUCUCACUUUGUCUGACAAAGGAUUUCAACAGAUGUCCUUUGUAAAUAGUAUUGCAACGACAAAGGGUGGGAGACACGUCGAUCACGUCACAGAAUUAAUAGUCAAACAAUUGAUUGAAACGUUAAAGAAGAAGAAUAAAGCUGGCAUAACCAUUAAGCCGUUUCAAAUUAAAAAUCACUUGUGGAUUUUUGUAAAUUGUCUUAUCAACAAUCCCACUUUUGAUUCGCAAACUAAGGAGAAUAUGACCUUGCAGCAGAAAAGCUUUGGCUCUAAAUGCGCACUAACUGAUAAAUUUAUUACUUCGAUCACAAAAAUCGGUGUUGUGGAAGCAGUGUUGUCCUGGGCGAAGUUUAAAGCUGAUAGUCAGCUUGAGAAGUUGGGCCCUAAAUCAAAGCAAAGAAAGCUUCACGGUAUACCCAAAUUGGAAGACGCUAAUGACGCGGGAACUGCAAGAUCCCUGGAAUGCACUCUCAUAUUGACUGAGGGAGACUCAGCCAAAACAAUGGCUGUGUCCGGUAUCGCUUCCAUAGGCAGAGAUAAAUAUGGCAUAUUUCCAUUGAGAGGUAAAAUGUUAAAUGUACGAGAAGCAACCCAUAAGCAGAUCUUGGAAAACGCUGAAAUCAAUAAUUUAAUAAAAAUCCUUGGUCUUCAAUAUAAAAAGAAAUAUGAGACUCGAGACGAUUUGAAGACGUUACGCUAUGGAAAGAUGAUGAUCAUGACUGAUCAGGAUCAGGACGGUUCACAUAUCAAAGGUCUGUUGAUAAAUUUUAUCCACCACAACUGGCCAUCGUUGUUAAAGCUGAACUUCAUCGAAGAAUUUAUUACGCCGAUUGUAAAGGCCACAAAGGGCAGCCAAGUUUUAUCUUUCUUCUCUCUGCCCGAAUUUGAAAUGUGGAAGAAGGAAACGGAAAAUUUUCACACGUAUAAGAUCAAAUACUACAAAGGUUUGGGUACGUCCACUGCCAAGGAGGCAAAGGAGUACUUCGAGAAUAUGACCAGACACAGAAUACGUUUCCGAUACGACGGCACACAGGACGAUCAGAAUAUCAUUAUGGCGUUCAGCAAGAAAUGCGUAGACCAGCGUAAGGACUGGUUGAUGAAUCAUAUGAAUGAAACGAAGAGACGAAAGGAAAUUGGUCUCGGCGAGCGUUAUCUCUAUGAGAAGGAUACGCGCACCGUCUCUUUCUCAGAUUUUAUCAAUGUCGAAUUGGUGCUGUAUAGCAAUUACGAUAACGUGAGAUCCAUCCCGAAUUUGAUGGACGGUCUUAAACCGGGCCAGAGAAAAGUAUUGUUCACCUGUUUAAAACGCAAUGACAAACGUGAGGUGAAAGUUGCGCAAUUGGCAGGAUCGGUCGCUGAGCAUUCGGCUUAUCAUCACGGCGAGACGUCCUUGAUGGCGACCAUAAUUAAUCUCGCGCAAAAUUUCGUGGGCAGCAAUAAUAUCAAUUUGCUGCAACCCAUCGGUCAAUUCGGUACAAGACUUGCUGGCGGAAAGGAUGCCGCCAGUCCGAGAUACAUUUUCACGAUGCUCAGUCCUUUGGCAAGGUAUAUAUUCCACAAGCAUGACGACGCACUGUUGAGACACGAGUACGACGACAAUCAAAAGAUCGAACCUGUCUUCUACACGCCUGUGAUUCCUAUGGUAUUAGUGAACGGUGCUGAUGGUAUCGGUACCGGAUGGAUGACGAAGAUACCGAAUUACAAUCCUCGAGAGAUAAUCGAGAAUUUACAUAGGAUGAUGGAUGGCGCGGAUCCGAAACCUAUGAUACCGUAUUAUAAAAAUUUCAAAGGUUCCGUGGAGAGCUGUGGAGAAUACCGUUACGUUAUAAGUGGCGAGAUUUCGGUGAUUGGACCUGAUAAAGUGGAAAUCACUGAACUUCCUAUCGGUACGUGGACACAAACGUACAAAGAAACCGUGCUAGAACCUAUGUUACAUGGAAGCGAUAAAACGCCGGCUAUUAUCACAGAUUAUAAGGAAUACAAUACAGAUACGGCGGUACAUUUUAUUGUAAUAAUGAAUCGUGACAAAUUGGUGGAGUUGGAAAGAGACGGUCUUCAUAAAGCAUUUAAACUUCAGACAACAACGUCUAUAACAUCCAUGUGCGCCUUUGAUGAAAAUCAGUGUUUGAAUAAAUACGACAACGUCGUACAGAUAUUGAAACUAUUUUAUAAAGUACGAUUGGAUAUGUAUCACAAGAGGAAAGAUUAUCUAGAGGGAAUUUUGCAAGCAGAAGCGGCGAAAUUAUCGAAUCAGGCGCGCUUUAUCAUUGAGAAAUGCGACGGCACUUUAGUGGUAGAGAACAAGAAAAAGAAGGACAUGAUAACGGAAUUAAUCAGACGCAAUUAUGAAACGGAUCCAGUGGUAGCAUGGAAAAUGUCGCAGAAUAGAGAGCAAGUGCUGGAAGAAGUUGUAGAAAACGAUGAAGAAUCCGCUCCAACCACGGACGUGAUAGAGAGGGAAAAUUUCGACUAUCUUCUUGGAAUGACGAUGUGGAGCCUGACGAAAGAAAAGAAGGAUGAUUUGUUGCGUCAACGAGAUGAGAAGAUAGCGGAAUUGAAGAGAUUGCAAGCUCGUACACCGAUGUCUUUAUGGAAAGAGGAUCUGGACUCUCUAUUAGCUGAAUUAAAUAAGUUGGAAGAAAAAGAGAUGAAGGAACAGAAAAAAUCGAAACAAUCUGAUAAAAAACCACCCUCAAGAUUCUAUUCUAAGACAGAAGAUACUCGUCGUAUAGCUCCAGUAAUCGACGUUGAACUGAAGAAAAAAAUCGAAAAGGCCGACAUUGUGUCGAAAGAUAAGAAAGAAGGCAUAGUAAAGAAGCCAAGAGCAAAGAAAGACCAAGUGUCCAUGGAGGAGAAAGACGAGUUUGAUACGUUAGUCGAUUCUAAUACUAAAUCUCUCGAACAUAGACUUGGAAAUUCUCCUGAAAAGAUGGAAAAGAAAACUUCAAAGAAAGGACUGAAGCAAACAACAUUACCAUUUAAGCCACUUAAGAAAGGAGCCAAAAAGAAGGAUAAAGAUGAUAGUGAUGAGAGUGAUGACAUUGAUUUUGGUAGCAUUUCGCCGCUUCCUCAACCACGGACGUCUCGUAGAGCCGCAGCAACCAAGAAGAAAUACAAUAUGAGCAGUUCGGAUUCGGAUGACAGUAACGAUGUUUUCGGUCCCUCUUCCGAUUCGGAACAAACACCCAAGAAGAAAGAUCCCGUUGCAAAGAAAGAAUCGCUAAGCGAUUCCGAUGACAACCUUAAACCGAUCAAGAAACCUCAAUCAUCAAUGACUUCGGAAGAACUUUUUGAUUCAUUAGUCGGUAAUUCUCCUGAAAAGUUUGUACCAGAGAAGAAACCUGUACCUGUACUCCUCUCUUCAUCCGGAGAAGACUCACCUCUGAAGUUCACGCUACCUAAAAAAGCACCUGCCAAGAAGAAGGCUGAGAACGGUGGUGGUAAAGGAAUGAAGAGGCAAAAAAAGAAAUCAAAAUCAUCCGAUGACUCUGACACAGAUGUCUUUUCAGUUAAAACUAAUAUAAAGAAGAAAAAGAAGAAAUCAGAUUCUGAUGAAGACAUAGCAACAAUAGAUGAUUCACCACCGCCUCGAAAGAUUGCCGGUAGAGUUCGGAAGCCUGUAUCUUACGCAGUAAAGUCGGACGAUAGCGACGAUUCCGAUUGAACGUCGUCGUGCACCUUGAAAGAUGCCAGAAAGAUGACUGAAGUAGUUUAGAGUGUCGAUCUGGAGGCAAGACGAAACUCACGAGUUGUUGUGAAGAGACGUUGCACACACAAAUACACACACACAUACAAGUUUUAUUGAAAAAUGUCAGAGAUUUCGUCCCCAUCCAUUGUUGGUCGUGACAUUAGUAGUAAUUUUAUGUGGGGUGCUUCAUAGAAUCUGCCAGAACGUGGAAUCUGUUCCUCGAAUAAUUUUAAAAGCAGAAAUAAUUUGGAGUAAAAAUUUGUAUUUCUGUUUUACUUAAGUAACAUACGAAGAUAUACUCGAGCAGCGGCAAUUACUCGACCUCUAGCACGUUCUUCCUGAAACGCUCUGUACAAUUUUGUACAUAAUUUUGCUCCUCGAGUAUAUGUUGCAAAAUGUGUGAAAUUUUAUGAAAUAAAAAUAGUGUAGACAAUGCUGCGAGACGUACAGAGUGUGCCUCUCACAUAAAUCUCGUCGAAGUCUCGUUGGAAAAUUUUUCUUCUAGCGUGGCAUAGUAGUGAUCGUGGCGUAGAGAGCCGUGCGUCUGCUUUCUGUACCGAAGAUCCGGAUUCAAAUCCCACUGAUUGAGAACAAUCUGUUUUUAUUCGAUCGUUACCUCUCGGAAGGUAAUGGCAAAUCGAAAGUAUUUUGCCAUAUGCCCCUCUAAUUUAGGCCGUUCGGAAUCGGCGUUUAAACUGUAUAUCUGUGGAAAUUUUAAACAAAAAGGCGCACACCGCAGAAAUACGCUGAGGGGUUACCACGCUUCGACUACAGUAAACGUUAAUAUCUAAAAUAUUUAAAUUAUACAUCAAUAUUACAUAAUGUAACAAUUGUAUUAUUGUAUUAGAUAUUUGUACAUUUAUAUUAGAUAUUAGCGUUUACUUUUUUUUGUUUAAAAGCGCGAAGAGAAUACGUGGCACGCUCUUGUCUUGCAAAAAAAAUAUCCUGCGCCGCCUACACUAGAUAAUUAGUAUGUACCGCGCAAAAAAAAAGAAAAAAAGAAACACUUGUCCAGAUCUCGAUAUCGCACAACCGAUGUAUUUCUCGCGCUGCCGAAAUUAUACGAUCCAAUUCGAUAAAAUUUAAAGAAAAAAAGCAGAAGAGAGAGAAAGAGAGAGAAACAUAUGCCGAUCCCGGGAAAUAAACGUUUUAUAGAAAAUAAAAAGCAAAAUAUGUGAAAUAUACACAAUUUUUAAAUAUAUUUUUACAUACACAAUAUGAAUUUUUGUCGUCUAAGGACUAAAGAAAUUAUACAGCGGUAACUAUUAUACAUAUAUACAUAGAACGGUUCUCUUAGAAUUAUGCGGCGCUCAAUAUUGAUUAAGCGAAGCUGUCGGACGUUUUACUUUUAGCUUUAUACUGACCACAUGUAGAAUAAAAUAAGUUUCCUUCGUGCUCAUCGUAGGUAACAAAAAAAGCAUGUAGACUUUUUAAAAUGCUGAGCGAGAGUCAGACUCGGCAUUGCCGGAUAAAACUGAGUCACAAUUUAACUACGGUAAAAAAAAAAAUUUAGAUGGGAGUUUAACGCGAAUCAAAAACCGAUCGGUUCCCCUCAUAAUUUACGUGCUCCUCCUCUCUCUUCUCUCAUCAAUAUAUUCUUUCAUUUUCUACAUCCACACACGACGUCGAAGAAACCAGUUAAUUUUGAGGUAUAUUGGUGUUCAUUGAAUUCGACUUCUCUGACUAUAGUUAUACUAGUUCUGUGUAUACGCGUAACUUGUUCAUCCAUAGGAUAAGAUUAAAGAGAAUUACUGUGGUUGUAAUUAACGCGACGAUUUUACACCUGCUAUUAAACGAAUAUCUCGAUACAGAAACCAGUCGAUUAGCCCUCGACCUAAACGUGCGCGUUCUCAGCCUAAUCAAUAUUUAGUGUGUAUCCUCAGCGAUUUUCAUUUUUAUAUAAUUCACGCAUACUAAAUACGUAUAUAAAUAUAUAAAUAAAAUGUUCUAACUUUUUA